AUGAUCCAAAUCACCCUCUACAUCGGCUUCGUUGUCUUUCUUCUCUAUUGGACUGCCGGCAGGAGGCUUGAAACAGCCCUGGGCUCCGACACCUACUUCAAAGACCAUCUUUCCUCAUAUUGCCGCCUCGGCGCAGUGAAAAGCCGCCCACUUGCAAGACUCCUCCAUCGGAGAACGUUGUUCAUUAGAAAGUGGCUGGAUGGAAUCCGUUACCUCGUCUGCGGAACACAACUAAUUCUUGACGCAUACAAACCUGGUGCGGUCUUCUCGCUGGCCACUCCAGAGACCACGUACAUACACGUAUCUUCGAGCACGCACAUCAAAGAGUUGAUCUCGGCGCCAUGGGAUGUUCUCUCUCUGCAUGCUUUGUCCAAAGAGUUGCUGCAACCUAAGUACACCAUGGAUGGACUGGUGGUUGAGGACGGUAUGAGUGCCAAUGGUACCGUCCAUCUGAGAGUCCUUGGUGUGAAGCUUAGAAACCACCUGAACGAGCUGCACUCCCAACUUCAGGCAAUCGUACACCAAAGCCUGUCGAGAGAGAUUUCUGACGGCAUUCAGAAGCAAGAUGGCUGGGUGGAGCUUCCCCUCUUCCAACUCGCAAAGAAGGUAAUAGCCACUGCGAACAGCUCGACCUUCUUUGGCGUUGACGUUGCGCGCGAUGCGACGUUUGUGGAGGCCGCGUUGCAAUAUCCCGAGGAACUGUUCACAUCUGCCGAGAUCCUCCGACUCAUCCCUAAAUGGACGGUUCCCAUGGUUGCUCCGAUCCUGCGCUGGAAGAACAAGGCCUCUGAGCUAAUGGUGGAGCGUCUACGGCCGCUGAUCGAGCAGCGGAUGGAAGACUUCGCCAAAGAUCCGCACGGGAGCCAGCACGUUGACUGCCUCUAUUUCUUCGUCGAAGCCAGCAGGACCAAAAACCCGUGGUCCGCGCAGAAAAUCCUUCAAGUAAUUCUCGGAGUCUGGUUCGCAUCGGUCCACCAGCCGGCUCUGGCACUCGUCUAUGCUCUCGAUGAUCUCUGCAGGCACCCGAAAUACAUGGACCUGCUCAGGCAAGACCUCCAGCGACUGGCAGCCGGAGAGCCAUCCUCUGCAAUCGAGAAGAUCCCGCUCCUGGACAGCUUCCUCAAGGAAUCAGCGCGGCUGCAUCCCUCGGAAGCCAUCUCGGUUCGCCGACAGGCCAUCAAGCCCUUCACCUUCUCGGACGGGACGGCCGUCCGUGCUGGAGAGGUUGCGUGUGUCCCUCUGAAUGCAAUCAUGCGUGACACUCAGCGCUACCAGGAUGGCCUCACCUUUGAUGGCAUGAGAUUCGUAGAGCAGAGCAAAGUCAGCAAGGCCGAAGGCUUUUGCUCUUCCACUGCCGACUACCCAUUGUGGGGCCUUGGGAACCAUACAUGUCCCGGACGGUUCUACGCGGCCCGUAUCUUGAAGAUUGCUGUGGCACAGAUUGUGCUGGAGUACGAUAUCAAAAUGGCUGAUGGUCAGGAGGAUUCGCGGUAUUUUAAUUGGCGUUGCUCCACCAUUCCGCAUGCAAAGACGACCAUGCUAUUUCGAAAGAGGCAAGGCAAAGCUGCUUGA